ACAUUAUCGAUAGCUCUCCAAUCAUGCAUCAAUCGUGGCGGGGGAUCAUCAUCAACUGCCCUUCAAUCAUAUGAUUUGGGGAAUCACACUUCAUUUGGGUAUCGGGUCUGAACCGACACUCCGAGUCCACCUUCGUGCUUCUACGUUCUGCGGUUGGAUUUAUAUUCCUGUUGGGGCGUGGAAUCGCAAUUGCGUUGUCCCUAUCCGAUUACCAGGCCCGGAUAUCCAUCACAAGCUCCCUAGUUCCUUAGUGACGCGUCACCAUGGAACUAAUGAUAAGCCGCCUUUGAUCAUCGUGCCAGAUCCAAAACAAUCCCACUCCUCACUUGAAAUUCGAGCCGUAAGAUCGAUAAACCCACUCCACUUCGGCCACCUGUUUACGCUAUCCUUCCCAAAUUUCUGUAGCAUGACUUCCCAAUCUUCCGACAUUGAGCAAUGGCGGCCCGAAUCCUCCACAAUUAAGGAUUCGGAGCUUGUCCUCAUGCGUGACCUUCUGGGAGAUCUGUUCAAAGUCUAUCAUCUUAAUGCCCUGGGCGGGAUCAAUCUUGCUUAUAAUCCAGAGCCGGAGCACUUCCUAGCUAUGCACUAUGACUUAAUCCCCCAUAGUUCAGACUCCCAUUGCACUCAUUCAUCCGCGAGCACAGGAAAUGGUCUCUACCCUUCUAGUGGAGAUUACUCCAGGCCCUUCCCCCUGGAUAUCCUUCUUGGAGGGGAAAGCCGGGUGACUCGGCAAGAGGUAGUUGUAUCCGCUGCCAUGGGCGGUAAUCCCUCCGGGGGACUUAUUGAGGUGGCCAAGCUUCAUUCUGUUGGGCCAUCUUCCGAGGAUGCUGUGCACGUUCUUCUGUCUAAGAGUGGAGUCACACCAAACUGCCCUGCUAGCACCCAUACCUCAUCGCCCAAGGAUCUAACCCCUUCCGGUUAUCCCAUCCAGGGAUCUUCCUCUGCCAAGGCGAACCUGUAUCCGGUUUCCAACUGCAAAUUUACUCUGGAGAGCUCUAACUUUGUUUAAACAAAACUGGGCUCCUAUUUGGGAAAGUCUCUUGUCUGCCAAGGAAGCUCAUGCCCAGGGGAGGAAGAUGACUGAAAGUGUCCGUGAGCUAGUUAAAUGCCAGCCCCCAGCGACAUCAACCAUCGCCAGGACGUGGCAGCCUUUGGCACUUUAAGCUUCAUGGAGCAAGUACUUUUCCACUCCCUUCUCUGCACUUCCAUUUUCAUGUUAAUUCCCUCUAUCUAAACUCCUCGUUUUCUCAUGCUCAUGUCGCCAUUCUGAAGCUGACUGUGGAACAU